GCUUCAGUUGAAAGCUUUUCCAGUUUCGUUCUUCAAUCCGCAUCUCAUCCUUGGUGUCAUCAUCUCCCAAUUGCAAUAUUAUCAGUCAUUGUCACUAUACAUCCCAACCCUCAUAUCUUCUUCUUCUUCUUCUUCUUCUCAUCCCACAUUCAAUUCUCCAACCCUUCUCCUUCUUCAUCAUGACUCCUUAAGCUCCCAUUCUUCAUUAACUUUUGUGGGUUUCUUCCUAUAAAUUCAGUUUCAUAUUACAAACUCCAAAUUUGGUUGAGACUCCAACAAAGUUUAUCUGCUUUCUGUCCUGUCCAACAAAAAAGCUUUCAUUUCUCUCUCAAGCAUUUAGCAAGUUUCUUCUUCUUCUUCACUCUUCAAGCUGCCAUUCAACUUUACACAUUUCUGGGUUUCUCUCAUAACUUUCAGUUUGAUGUUAAAAAUGAUCUUAGCUGCUUGGCAUGCUACUACAACAAGUCUUGAGCUAAAGGUUUAAGCUUUCUGUGUUCAGGAUCUCCAGGUUUAUUGUUGCAGGCAAGCUCUUAUAGUUCAGUCAUAAUGGCAAGGAUGACACCACCAAAGAGCCCUAUGGUAUGUGAGAAGUACCAGACGGGUUGUAUGUGGCGUUUAUAUGGCCUCUUCGACUUUCGCCAAGGUCACUCUGCUAAGAAGCUGAUUUCGGAUAAGAAGCAUUCAAACAGAUUUGAUAAGAAAAAUUCUAAGAUCAAUAAGGUAGAUUUGCUUACUGGUUUGGAUGAGAUGAGCCAAAGCGUGGAUGAUAAAAAGCAGAACAAAACUGAGACAGUUGAUUCUGGUAUGGCAAGUAAAAGAAAGCACAAGGAAGAAAAGUUGUCCACUGAGCUGCAGAUGAUUAAGAACCUUGACUCUGAUGAAUCGAAACAUAUGCAAUCCAAUUCAAAACUUGGCGGUCCUUUACCUAAGAAGAAAGGGAAGGCUAGCAAAAGUAGUCAGAUAUCUCAGUCUAUUCCGCCUCAUGGUCUGAAAAGUGAAGCAAAGAAUGCGAAACCUUCAUAUAUUUCAGUAGAACAAUCUUUAAACAAGCUCCACUUGGAAGCACUGGCAGAAGAGGUGCAUGGCAAAAAGCAAAGAGGAUGUGGUUGCAAGAGUAUUAACUAUGAGAUUACAGUUCCACAAGUAAAGAAGACUGCAGCUGAGGCCAUCAUAAUUCAGAAAUUUAUUGAUGAAAAAUACAUCAGGACAGAUGGGGUGAACCACCAGUCUAGACAACUAUCAGAUGCAUUAGAGAUUUUGAACUCUAACAAAGAAUUAUUCAGAAAGCUCCUACAAGAUCCAAAUUCUCUUCUAGCAAAACGUAUUGAAGACAUCAAAGAAUCUCAGGCAGUAAAACAUCAGAUGAAAUCUCUCCCUGACAUCAACUCUUCAGAACCAAAGCAAUGUGAUGGUCCUGUAGGUAUUCAGAAGUCGAAAUUCUGUGAUACCUACUCCUCUGAGGAAAGUGAUGAUGCCCUUUCUUCAGACAAGAUAGUUGUUUUGAAACCGGGGCCAAUUAGCAUGCAAAGUGCUGAAGACAACAUCAAUUGUUCUUCUGUGCAAUCUUCUUACAACAGGCAGAGUGAAAUGCCUGAGAAUUUUUCUUUCAGUCAGAUAAUGAAGAAGUUGAGACAUGCUAUAGGGGUAAGCAGAAAAGAGCAACUCUCUAAGGGGAUGGAUGAUACAUUAAAUAGAUCUCCCUGUGUUGGCUCAAAAGAGGAUUGUGAAGAAAAAGGUGUGGAGAUCAAGGAAACAGGAAUGAUAAUAUCUCCUCUUGACGUCAAGAAAAGAGACGAUAUAAGAUGGGAGAGAGAAUGUGAAUCACUCAUUCAGUGUGAAACUGCAUCAACCAGUGGAAGUGGUCUUGGGAACUCGAACAUUUCUGUUCUUCUCCAUCCUAGGCGAAAUGAACCUGAUAGUUCUUUGGAGGCCAGGUUGUUGGAAUUGUUAAACAGUGGAAACAAUGAAAGACGGGGACAGAAAACUUUGGAGAGGUUGAUAUCAUUUCCUGAGUACGACUUCUUGCCUACACGCAGUCCUGUAGGGCUUUCACCCUACAGCAAUCGCCAUCUGUCAUAUGAUUACAAGUGGAGGCUUCAGAAAGAAAAAAUUAGCUGCUCAAGUCCUACAGAGAAUAAACACAUCAUGCACCAAGGAGAAACCAAUUCUUUAGAAGAGCCCUCUGAAUCAGAAAGCGCGUGCACAAAUGGUACUCUGGAAACUAAUGAUACUGUCAACCCAGGAGAAAGUAAUUCGUCGGAAGGUCUAAGAAGAUCCCAUUGCGUGGAGAAGAGCGGUACCAGAGACACUAAUGACACCAUAUACCAAGGCGAAACUGACUGUGCAGAGACAUUAUCUGAAAUAAAUUGCAAAGACAAGGCUCUUGAUUGGAGUACAGAUGAAGCCAACAUGUACGAGGAAGAUGAAUAUUUUAAGACCUCCAUACAGGAGCAGCCAUCAACGUCUUCAGCUGAUGUUUUCCAGUCACCUCCAAGAAUUGAGACAUUCGAAGAUUCUGCUAGCAUUGAUGAUAAAGGAGAGCACCCAAGUCCAGUAUCUGUACUUGAGCAGUUUUUUGUAGAUGCCAUAUCUGAACCUGAUAUAUCUGCAGCUGAAGAGCACCAUUCUGCUCCUCUUGUGAGGUCUCCAACGGACCCUGACUGUAGUACCACUUAUUUGAAUGACCACGAAUUGAUCUCUGAGUAUAUUCAGGCAGUGCUGCAAGCUGCAAACUUAGAUUGGGAAGGAGUUUCAAUGAUGUGCGACUCAACAGACCAACUGCUUGACCCAAUCUUGUUUGACACUGUUAAGCUGCAGGCAAACCAACUUUAUGGUGAUUCUAUGCUCCUCUUUGACUGUAUAGAUGAAGUCCUUGUUGACGUAUACCACAGUGAUAUUCGAUAUCCCUCUUGGCUGUCAUUUCUCGAGCCAAAUGUGCGACAACUUCCAAUCGAGAAAACUGUGAUUCAUAAGGUGAUGAAGUAUGUUGACCGGCACCUAUCACUUCAUCCAUCACCCCGGACAUUGAAGCAGGUUGUUGAGAUGGAUAUAGCACGGUCUGGCACAUGGAUAGAUAUCCGGAAGGAUGCUGAGGAUAUUGUUUUUCAGAUGGUAGACGAUGUUUUAGAAGAUUUGAUAAUAGAAACAAUAAUUUAGCUGCUGCCCUUCUGCACAGGACCAAGGAAAUUAGUUAAGCAUCAGUUAAGUUGGAACAAUUGGCUGUUAAGAUGCCUCCGGUAUUCCUUGAACAGAUCAAGCAAAGAUAGUUUUACAAGUUCACCACAACAUGGGAUGAUAUCUGAUGCUUCAAGUUGCCGUACACCCUUGAACACAUCUUCAUGGCGAAAUGCACAUAUCAUCGGUUUGCACAUCUGCGGUACACCCUUGAAUCAAUUAGAAUGCUCAAAUUACCUGUACAUUGUAGAGUAUAUAUAUUAGCUUCUUAUAGGUACUUUUGGUUUACAGAAAAAUCUUGCUAGGGUGGCUAGGCUCUUCUAUAUGUUACUAUGUUAGGAUAGUUUUCACUUUGCAGUCUGCUGUACAAUGUUUUAUGUAGUGCCUCAUUCCCCAUAUCCAAUUUACACAUAAAGCAAAGUAAUAAAAUGACAGGAUGAGUA